GCCACCUCUAGCUCUUCCGCCCGCAACUAAAACUACAAACUGGAUUCGCGUUAAAUGUUAAGAAAAUAAAGACACCGAACUAAUUAAUGAGCCAAAUAUAAGUGAACAGUGCGCGCAAUGUCGUUAGUGACUAGUUGGCAGUGAAAGAAAAGAUCGGGAGGGAUAACAUAGAUCGCCAAUAAGCAAUUCGUGAACAGCGUCUGCCGAGGGACGCUGCUGCAACCAGAAAAAGGAGUGGUAGCUUAGCUGCUCGUCUGUACUGUGGAUAAAACAAACUCGAACGCUGGUGGCCCCAAAGGAACGUCCAUAUAUCCAUAUAAAUAUACUCUAAGUCCGCUCCUGGCGAGCCCCCCAGAAAGAGGCAGAAUCGGGCCAAAAAGAGAACCACAUGAGGUGAACGACAGAAAUUGGCUGUGCGCCAAUCACACACUCACACGGAUCAACUGUUACAGUAGCAACACCACAACCACCACCACCACCAUCCCCACAGGAGCAACAGCAACAGCAGCAAUUUCAUGGUAAUUGUCCCCCGUCAGCGUCGAAAGAAAAGACCAAGAAAAAUACCUAAGCGGCCAGAGAUUAAGUGACACCACCUCUCCACCUUCCACUUGCAUUUUUUGUUUGUUGUAGCCACGCUCAGCGAAAGCAGUCGACAGCAGCAACAACAGCAAUAUGUAGGCGCUCCACAGCAACACAUGAAUUACAACCAAGAACAGCAGCAACAACAACAACAGCAACAACAAGAACCCCAACAACAAACCAAUAAUUCCCAAAACAACACAACAACAACAACAACAUUAAUAAGACAUAUAGAAAUCAGGGAAAAAGCAACGCCACAACGAUAGCCCGGAUCUGGACACAAGAAUGCAGCACGUGAGCGCUGCUAGCUCGGUGCCAUCGGUAGUAGCCCCUGUAGUGACCACUGGUGGGACGACAAUCACCUUGGGCGGUCCACCGCAUCUCCCCAAAUCGGAGCACAAAGAGGAUGGCAAGCCGCCGCACGGCAUUGAAAUGUACAAGGUGAACAUCGAGGACAUUUCGCAGCUCUUCACCUACCACGAGGUCUUUGGCAAGAUCCACGGCGAUGUGGUCAAUCAUCAGUUGGCGGCGGCCCACGGCGGACAGUUGCCACCACCGCCGCCGCUGCCGCCGCAGGUGCACAGUCAUGCGGCGAGUGCGGCGGCAGCCGCAGCAGCAGCGUCCACAAACAACGCCGCCGUUGCAGCGGUAAUGGCCUCGGCGAAUGCGGCAGCGGCCGUCGCGGCAGCCGCCUCGGCGGCGGGCGGGGGAGGAGGACUACCGCCGGCCACCAGCGGCAAUGGGGGCCAGCAGGUGACGGUGACGACGACCAGCAGCUCGACGAGCAGCGGCGGGAGCACCACCAGUGGGGGCACCACGACCACGGCGGGUGAGUUGCUUUUGCCUAAAAUGGAGGGCGGCAUUCAUGGCGUGGACGGCAGCGGCAAUGGCGGCGGCGGGCAGAACGUGGCGCUGGCGCCGGACGGGACGCCCAUUGCGACGGGGACGCACGUCUGCGACAUCUGCGGCAAGAUGUUCCAGUUCCGGUACCAGUUGAUCGUGCACCGGCGCUACCACAGCGAACGGAAGCCGUUCAUGUGCCAGGUGUGCGGCCAGGGGUUCACCACGUCGCAGGAUCUGACGCGCCACGGCAAGAUCCACAUUGGCGGGCCCAUGUUCACCUGCAUCGUGUGCUUCAAUGUGUUCGCGAACAAUACGAGCCUGGAGCGGCACAUGAAACGGCACUCGACGGACAAACCGUUCGCCUGCACCAUUUGCCAAAAGACCUUUGCCCGCAAAGAGCAUCUGGACAAUCACUUCCGCUCGCACACGGGCGAAACGCCCUUCCGUUGCCAGUACUGCGCCAAGACGUUCACGCGCAAGGAGCACAUGGUCAACCAUGUGCGCAAACACACGGGUGAGACGCCACAUCGUUGCGAUAUUUGUAAGAAGUCCUUUACGCGCAAGGAACACUAUGUUAACCACUACAUGUGGCACACUGGUCAAACGCCACACCAGUGCGAUGUCUGCGGCAAGAAAUACACGCGCAAGGAGCACCUAGCCAACCACAUGCGCUCCCACACCAACGAGACGCCGUUCCGUUGCGAGAUCUGCGGCAAGAGCUUUAGCCGCAAGGAGCACUUCACCAAUCACAUACUCUGGCAUACAGCAGGCGAGACGCCGCACCGGUGCGACUUUUGCUCCAAGACGUUUACGCGCAAGGAGCACUUGCUAAACCACGUGCGCCAGCACACGGGAGAGUCGCCGCACCGCUGCUCCUACUGCAUGAAGACGUUCACGCGCAAGGAGCACCUGGUCAACCACAUACGCCAGCACACGGGUGAGACACCGUUCAAGUGCACGUACUGCACGAAAGCGUUCACGCGCAAAGAUCACAUGGUUAAUCAUGUACGGCAACAUACAGGCGAGUCGCCGCACAAGUGCACCUAUUGCACUAAGACGUUCACGCGCAAGGAGCACCUGACGAACCAUGUGCGCCAGCACACGGGCGACUCCCCGCACCGCUGCUCCUAUUGCAAGAAGACCUUCACGCGCAAGGAGCACCUGACGAACCAUGUGCGCCUUCACACGGGCGACUCGCCGCACAAGUGCGAGUACUGCCAGAAGACGUUCACGCGAAAGGAGCAUCUCAACAACCAUAUGCGCCAGCAUUCAAGCGACAAUCCGCACUGCUGCAAUGUCUGCAACAAGCCGUUCACGCGCAAGGAGCACCUGAUCAAUCACAUGUCGCGGUGCCACACCGGCGACCGUCCCUUCACCUGCGAGACGUGCGGCAAGUCGUUCCCGCUCAAGGGUAACCUGCUCUUCCAUCAGCGCAGUCACACCAAGGGCCAGGAGAUGGAGCGACCCUUCGCCUGCGAGAAGUGCCCCAAGAACUUCAUCUGCAAAGGUCACUUGGUCUCGCACAUGCGCUCCCAUUCGGGCGAGAAACCGCACGCGUGCACUCUGUGCAGCAAGGCGUUCGUCGAGCGCGGCAAUUUGAAGCGCCACAUGAAGAUGAAUCACCCGGAUGCUAUGAUGCCGCCACCACCCGUGCAUCCGCAUCCGCAAAUACCGGCUGGCGUGCUGACGCAAGUCAAGCAGGAAGUGAAACCGAUCAUAAUUCCCCACCACUCGGCGACCACCACCAUGCACACCAUCCAGCAGAUCACAGCGGGCGCAGCGGGUGGAGCCGGUGCCGUGCAGCUAACACCGGGCCUGGUGCCCCUGGUCACCUCCACGCUCAUCUCGCACAACGCGGCCGCCCAGCAGCAGUCGCAGAAGCAGCAGGCAGCGGCCGCAGCAGCUGCCCAGCAGCAGGCCGCUGCAGCGGCUGCUGCGCAGCAGCAAGCAGCCCAGCAACAGGCGGCUGCCGCCCACCAGCAACACCAGCAGCAGGUGGCCGCCCAGCAUCAGCAGCAGGCGGCAGUGGCCGCCCACCAGCAGCAGCAACAGCAGCUGCAGCAGCAGCAGCAAUUGCUGCAGUUGUCCAUCCAGCAGGCGGCGCACCAUCAUCAGCAGGAGCAGCAUCGUCAGCAACAACAGCAGCAGCAGCAGCAACAGCAGCAGCAGCAACAACACCAGCAGCAGCAGCAGCACCACCAGCAGCAGCAACAACAGGGCCAUCCACAGGCACCGCCGCCACAGCAGCAACAACAGCCGCCGCCCAUCGCCCUGAUCAGCGAUCCCAGUGCUCUGGCACGUGCCGCCAUCCAGUUGCAGCAUCUGCCAGCGAACGUGGAACAGCACCCGGUUGUUUACUAACAGUAGCCCCUCCUGCACGGCUACACUCCCACCACAGCCCACUCCAGCAGCACGACCAGCACCUCCAUAGCCGCCACAGCGGCCACUGCGUCGACGCAAGCGGCGUGGUGAGGCCACCGUGCAACAGUGCCAACGUGCCACCAGUGAGCCCGUGGGCUAGUGAUCUAGUGAUCUAGUGAGCUAGUGAUCUAGUGAGCCGAGCUGAUGCAACAUCUCUAAAUAGGACACACACAACACACAACAUAACAAGCACACCACCCCAUAUACGCAGCUAGUUGUAUGUACAAUAGUUUUAGCAGCGCGCUGGUUACGCAGAUCUGUGGCUCCACACGAGACAGUGAGUGGUAUGUUGGGGUUUUCGAUUUGUAGGGUGUGUCGAUUUUUAUUGGGCAAACACAGUCUAACCAUUUUAUCUCAGUAAGUGCAAGUGCAAUAUCGCUUUUUAAACAGUUAACGAAAAAUAUUUAAUACGGGAUGCCAAGGAAAUGCCUUAACAUUCAAAACAAAAGACAAGGUGACAAUGUGGACUUUUCUUUCAAGACUUCUGUGGCAUCCCUGUAUUUUUAUCAACAUUUUGACAAUGCUUUUAUUCUUGAUUUAUUUUUUUAGACUUUUAAAAUCCUAGAGAAGAAAUUCCAAUUUGUAAACGUUUUUGUUCCCCUAAAAAUCGAGACACCCUAUUAAGUCAAAUACAGCAGAUUUCGCUCUGUAUUUCCAAAUGCAAUACGGGCUCGUCAAUGAGCCAUCUUUGUCAGUUGCCAAUCAAUCGCAAGCAAAUCAAAGUCAAUGCUCCUCUACUAGUCUGCCGCCGCCAGCUUUAACGUGCAAUACGAAUCAUCUCAUAGUUUGUUCUCUCUCCCUUGUGUAUCUUUAAUGCUUAGGCGCUUAGCGUCUAAUUUUAUUCACGUGUUUUCUACAUUUCUGAAAUGUGUGCCAGGCGGCGCGUGAUUUUGGGUGGGUCGAUCGAUAGGUUCUCAAGUGAUUGAUCCGAUUGUCAUUUAGCUGUGCUCAGUGCUGCCAUCGAUCGCGAGGACUGUUCGACCCAGCCACUCUUCUCGCUAGACACUUCAAAGAAGGGGUUUUGGUGGGCGUAACCAGCGAAAGCGCAUCAUCUUGUAUUUUUUAUUGUGUUUUGGACUAAGUUAUGAUUAUUAUACCCAUACGGAGCGACAUUCAUAGAAAGCAUCCUCAUCAUACAUAAACAUAUGCAGAUAUGCAUAGGCAUACGAUUAUAAUAUUAUAUAUACUUUAUAGUUUGUAAAUAACACGCAACAAGACCCUUGGAAAUCUAUCGAAAAUUAUUAUCACGAUUGUAUUAUUUUGUGCAUUUUCCAAGGAGGAUCAUUGAAAACGAGCAAAAAAACACGCGUACACCUUCACAUAUAUUGGCCAAGUGUAGUCCUUAACCCCCAGUUUACAAUGUCAAGUCCCUGCUGUGGGGCUGUGAUUUUGAUUAUGAGAUAUAUAUAUAUAUAUAUAUUAUUAUAUGACAGCGGAAAAAGAAGCAGCAGCAGCAUAACAGCAGCCACAACUAACGAGAUAAUGAGAAGGGAUUAAACAAGAAUUAUUAUAUUUAAUGUUAGUUGAACUACUAAAAGUAAUAAUUGAGAACGUGGAUCGCAAAAUUGAUGAUAAUGAUAAAGUGGGACGCAUCGCAGCGUCGGCCAGCGAGUAGUUUUUAGUUGGGCGUUGUCGCCCAAUCAUUAUGAUUACAAUUACAAUUAUGAUUAUGAUAUAUGAAUACUAAACCUAUAACAACAAGUUAUUACCCCACUAUUAAAGUUAACAAACAACAACAACAACCCAUAUAUAUAUAUAUAUACGACUAGGCACAACUCUAAAAUUAAUUAUAACCCUUAACUGUGCUUAUGUUGAAAACAACAAACACUAAGAUCAAGUUAAAGUCGUAACGAAAUAAAUGAAAGAGAAACCAUUAACGAGAACGCCCCAAGCGCCACAAGCAACAACAUAUCUGCUUUAAAUUUUACAAAAAAAAAAAAAAACUUAAAAUCUAAAAAAAAAACAAAUACCAAUAUAUUAAACACGAGUCAACGUUUAAUAAUUUAAAGAGGAAACACCACACACACUGACAGACGAACACAAAACCAACACAUUAUACUUCCUUUUAAAUGCAACAUUUUACACAUUUAAUUGUCAUGAAUUAAAUGAUUAAAAUACGAUUUAAAUAUAAUUUAACAAACUGUAACUGUACACGAAUAAACGGAAAAUGUAAAACGGUUUGUUUGACCAUUUGAAGA